AUGAUUUUAAGACAUGCAGGGGCUGCGGAUGUGAAGGCUCGGCUGGACUCUGUCUGGAUUAGGAAAUCCUUGGAGCUUCUGUCUUGGAAGAGGGCUUUGGUUUCGUCCACCUCUUCAUUUAAUUGUGUCUUCAAAGCAAGGCUGGAGACUCCAUCAGGAACACAAGUGAUGUUGCUGCUUCUGCUUCUUCUGCUGUCCCAGGAAGUUCUGGGAAGUCUCAGAGCCAAAUGUCUCCUGACUCUGAAGAGGGACGAGGUGCAUCCAGAGAACUAUUACAAGCCAGGAGAGUUUCUCAUUGGUAGCAUCGUCUCUGCAACAAGGAAGUUGCUUCUACCAAUAAGCUUCAACAAAUCUCCUUUGACUCAAAUUUAUCAGAAAGCAUUAACAGAGUACUGGAAAAUCCUAUCCUUCCUUUUUGCAAUCCAGGCAAUCAACAAGAAUCUUAACAUUUUGUUCAACGUCACCCUGGGAUACAACAUCUAUGACAAUUAUUUCACAGCACAAAUGACCUCGGAGGCUUUGCUGGACCUGCUUUCGGAGGGGGAGGCCAAUGUUCCCAACUACAGCUGUGGAAGGCAGAGAAACACAGUGGCUGUUCUCGAAGCGGCUGAUACUGACAUCUCUGUCCAGAUUUUGACCAUGCUGGGAACCUACAAAAUCCCACAGAUCAGUCACAGUUUUGACUCCCAGGUUUUGAGUGAUGAAAAUCCUUUCUUCUACCCAAUGCUCCCUGCUGAAGGAGUCCAGUAUCCAGGAAUGGUGAAGCUGGUCCUCUAUUUCAGGUGGACCUUGGUGGGUCUCCUUGCUCCAGACAAUGAGAAUGGACAACAGUUCAUGAGGAUCUUGACUUCUGUGUUGAUCAGGAAUGGCAUUUGCCCAGUUUUAUCACAAACCUUUUUGCCAGCUUCUUGGAAAGUGAACAUAGACUUUAAUUUAUACCUUAGUUGGAGAAAGGUGAAGGUCUUUCUUUAUGGUUCAGAUUUGACUUCAUUCAAUGCAGGCAUUUCAGUUUUGAUUCAGAUAUUUGACAUGAUUACUGAACCUCCUAGAGGAAAAAUCCUGAUCAUCCCAAUCCGCUGGGAUUUCACUAUUUAUUUGUCAAACAAACCCUUUCGUAUUCAAUACAUCCAUAGCAUAUUUUCCUUUCCUAUGAAGAAAAAGCAAAUUGGGAACAAUGGUGGGCCUUUGAAAUUUUACUCUUUUAUGAGACAAUUUGUAGAGACCUCCUUCCUUUGUUCCUACACCAGCAAUACCUUUUCGUUGAAAGUCUGGAGACGGUGCAGGCAGAGAGAAAACGUAGUGUUUCUCAAGAAAGAAGAAAUAGAUCUAAUCCUGACUGUGGACAACUAUUUCAUCUACAACACAGUCUGGGCUGUGGCACGGGCCUUAAAUGCAGCUUAUAUACCUAGAUCCAGGAGAAUAUUUAAAGGUGGUAAAAACCUGAAAACUCCUACGCUGAAGGCAUGGCAGCUUCAGCCUUUCCUUCGAAGCUCUCAGUUUUAUAAUAAUUCCAUCCAUGGGGUCUAUUUGGAUGAGACUGGAGAGCUGGUAGCAGACCUGGACAUUGUGAACACGGUUCUUUCCCACAAUAUGUCUGUUAGCCAAGUGACAGUUGGAAGUCUAGAAAGAGUGGGAUCCUCGCAUUUCAAGUUCAUGAUGAACCAGAAUGCUAUUGCAAACAUGGAAAUGUUGAACAAGCCCCUGCCUCCUUCCAGGUGUGUGGAAAGCUGUCCUCCUGGAUUCAUGAAGGUGGCUCAGGAAGGGAAGCCCAUCUGCUGCUACAAUUGCCACCCUUGUCCCGAAGGAACCAUCUCCACCAAGGAAGGUCAAGAUGCAGACAAAUGCACCAAAUGUCCAGAAGAUCAACACCCAAACACAGAUCGAGUUCACUGUAUUCCCAAGAUUAAAAGCUAUCUUUCUUAUAAGGAAAAUCUGGGGAUUAUCCUGACUUCCAUUGCCUUGUUCCUCUCUUUAACCACAGGCUUUGGCUUGGGGAUCUUCAUUAAAUCCAUGGAAACACCAAUCGUCAAAGCCAACAACCGGGACCUCUCCUACAUCCUCCUGGUUUCACUCCUGCUUUCCAUUUUGACCUCCUUCCUGUUCAUUGGCCGGCCAAGGAAGAUGACCUGCCUCCUUCGACAAGCAGCCUUCAGCAUCAUCUUCUCAAUUGCCAUUUCUUCAAUCUUGGCCAAAACAAUCACAGUGGUGGUAGCCUUCUUGGCCACCAAACCAGGGAGUAAAGUGCAGAGAUGGUUGGGGAGGAGCUUGGCCAACUCCAUUGUCCUUUCUUGUUCUGGCCUUCAAGUUGUCAUCUGCAGCAUAUGGUUGAGCAGUUUCCCCCCAUUCCCUGACUCUGACAUGCACACCCAAGCUAGAAAGAUCAUCCUACAAUGCAAUGAAGGUUCUGUCACCAUGUUUUAUGUUGCCCUCGGGUACAUGGGUUUCCUGUCUGCUGUCUGUUUCACGGUGGCUUUCCUGGCCAGGAAUCUCCCUGGGGCCUUCAAUGAAGCCAAGCUGAUCUCCUUCAGCAUGCUGGUCUUCUGCAGUGUCUGGGUGUCCUUUGUGCCUGCCUACCUGAGCACCAAAGGGAAGCCAGAUCUGAAUACAAAAGAACAUUUGAUGUCAAAAUAA